AUGUAAGAUAAUCAAAACUUAUGUGGAUUGAGUAAUUUAAAAUAACUGGAGUUUAACAAUCUUUCUGAGCAAUAAAAAAUAUAGAAAGCGUUGAAUUAUACUCGAAAUUUAGUAUUUGAUUCUUUGGAUUUAGAAGAUUAAGAUUUAGUAUUUUCUGAUGAUCUUCAGAGCUUUACAUUAUAAAAUAUUGAAGUAAGUCCAUUCCCAACAGAGUCUAGGAAAGUAAUGAAAUAUAUUGAGACUUCUUUACUUUAGUAGUUCCUUGAUAAAAAUAAUUUUAUCGAAAUUAACAAUUAUUCAGUCAUAUUUGUUAAUAUUGACGAUCUUUCUUAUCAUAAUUUUGAAAAUAUUUUGAACUUAGAUCACCUUUUUGAUCAAGUAGAAUUCAAGUUAAAAAGUAGCAAGAUAGUUACAGACAAAAUUUAAACAUUCAUUAUCUAAGGAUCAACUGAAAAUCUUCUUUUAUUAGAUAAGUUAAAUUACUAUACAUAACCUUUAAAUGCUACAUAGAGAGGAGGAAAAAGAUUAAUUUUUCACUCAAAUUAAUUGUCUUAUUGUUUAACAGAAAUGAUUGAAAAGAGUAAUUUUUUUGAUAAAAAAGAAUUUAUAAAGAUUAAUAAUGUGUUUAGACUAAACAACUUUGCUCCAGGAGAUAAAAAAUUCAAAUCUCAUUAUGACACUCCUUUUGCAGACAUAUCAUAAGGAUUAUACUCUAAAUAUACUAUGCUUAUUUACUUAACAGGAAACAAAAAAGUUUAAAACGAAUAACCUCCUUUAGCGAUUGAAAACAUCUCAUUCUAAAAAAUAUCAGAAAACAGCUGCAUAAUUUUCGACUAAUAACUUUAGCAUGAAGGAAAUGCUUAUUUUGACAAUAAUAAGAUAUUCAUUAGAACAGAAUUAAUUUACAAAAUAGAUGGAUUGAAUUAUAAUGAAAAAGUAGCAUAGAUGUUUAAUAUGGCUUGUUAUAUGACUAAAGAUAUUGAUUAGCAACAAUAUUCUGCAGAUUUGUUUAAUAAAUGUGUAAAAAUGAGAUACAGUAAUCUAGAUGAAAAAGAAGAAAUAAAAAAGGUUUACUUAUUGAAAAGGAAUCUAGAAAUUGUAUAUGUGACAGACGGUAAUUAUUACUGGUUUCCUCUAUAUGUUCCAUUAGAAUUAAUUGGCACUUUAAUUGUUUUAGAUUACUUUAACGGAAAAGUGUACAAUCUUAAAAAUAUUAAAAUUUAGUCAAAAAUAAUUAAAAACAUUGACAACUCAAAAAAUGAAGAAGAAAUAGAUAGAUUUAUUUUUGAUAUUGUUAACCAAUAAAAUUUUGAAGAUGAAGAGAUAACAGAAAGCAGAGCCCAAUUUUUAUAAGAUUUAGAGGAUUAUGUUCCCAAAACCCUAUGUGAGAAUUUUACUUUUUACAAAUGUAGAUGUGGUCUGAGAGACGAUGAUAACAUUACAUAGGCAAAGUAAUUAUUUAAGAUAGAGAAAAAAAAUGCAGUUUAAAAUUUAAAAAAAAUUCUGAAUUAAAAUUCUGUUUUGAUAUUUGAUAAUUUGAUUAAAAUUAAUAUCGAUGAAAUUAAAAUUAAAUUAGAUUCUAAUAAUUAGCAAAAUGAUUUAUCUUCAGGUAAGAUAAUAUUCUCUAACCAACUAAAUAUCAAAAAUUCAAUUAAUUUUGCAUCUUGUAACUGUGAGCAAGAAAUCGAUGAAGAAGAUGUUAUCCUUUUUCAUAAUAAAAAAUUGAAUACAUUCAGACUUCCUUAAAUUUUAUUUGAAAUGUAAACAGAAGGUAUUAAAUUAUCUAUUGAUAUGUUUAAAAAUGGAUUUAUUUAUAAUUCAACUGAGACUUUUUAGUAGCCAUAUACAAAUAAAGCUGCAGUUUACAAGAAUAAGUUCAAAUAAGAAAUUGAUAACUCUUCAAAAAAUGAAGAAUCUGAUAAUAGUGAUUAUAAUAUCUUUGAUGAAGAUGAUAACAGUGACGAAGAUUAAAACAGUGAUGAAGAUUAAAACAGUGAUGAAGAUAAUAACAGUGAUGAAGAUUAAAAUAGUAUUGAAAACAAUUACAUCAUCUACUCAUAUAAUUAAGGUAAAUUAGAAAAAGAGUCUGAGAAUGAUAAACAUAGCUAAGAAAGUGAGCAAGAAGAUGAGCCAAGUAGAUGCAAUUAAAAAUAUCCAUAGAAAUAAAAGUGUAAAGAUAAAUAAUCAGAAGCUUUGAAAAAUUAAAAGAAACUGGUGUAUAAAGAUUAUUCAUGA